UAAAUGUGGUCAUGUGUAACACAAAUAUGCCCGUCUUUCAUCAUAUUCCGUGUAAGACAAUAUGAAUUUAAUGACGGUUUUAGCACAUAUCUUUAUGGCUUUUGUCACUCAAAUGUAGCUUCUAUUCGAGUACAUGUGAAUAUUGCCUAACCUAAGGUUGUGGGGACAUGUGCGACACCUGCGCUUUGUGAUGUUCUCGCGACACACUUGACAAGCCGAGAUACAGAGACGUAUGGCAUGAUCACCUGCGUAUCCGCCGCCAUCACUGUCAGCGUUAUUGCUCAUCAUCAUCAUCAUCAUCAUCAUCAUCAUCAUCAUCAUCAUCAGCUCCCCAGCCCUGGACACAGUUAGGGUGAAGCUGUGGUAGACAUGUGACGCCAACAUGAACACUGAGUUCGUCGGAAUCCCCGAGACAGGCAGGCGAGAGCAGGGCGACAGCAGACGACAACUGGAGGCGAAGUACACCGGCACAUCGUCUGCUCUGCUCAGAGGGCCUUUCGUCCAACACAACUUUUUGGUGAGGUGUGGAGACUGCCUGCGCACAUUCAACCCAAACAGUGAUCAGUGGGAGAGAUUCUGGCGGAUAUUCCCAACUGGCGGAUAUUACACACGUGCAGGGGAUGCGUGCGCAUUCAUCGCUUGGCUGCUGUUCAUCAUCAUACCAUUUAUUGCAGUAGGGGUUGGUUGUUUCUGCACAAACAGGAUUAACAUAGUGAACGCUGUUGUCGUCAGCGUAGUUAUGACAUCACAGCUGGUGAUGUCGUACGUGAUAUUCAAGAACGACAAGAAGUUUAAACGGCUGUGGUGCGUGGUUAAAGUGAACGUGGAGCAAUACCUUGGUUGGCAAAACCAGGUCAAGGACGUGACCUUGGCAAAUGUUAACAACCUUGACAUUUUGUCUGCUGGGACACGCAAAAACCUCAUCAAGAAAUUAGCCAAAGAGCCAGAUGGGGUCACAGUGAUGAUAUGCACCAACUCCUUCUGGAAAGGCUACGUGUUGUAUCCAGUUGUCUCCCUUAUAACGUUAUCCGCCCUUGACCUUGCUGCUCUUAUAGUUCAGCUGGAAAUGAUGCGGCGGCCAGACAGCAGGUGAACCAACAAAGCGGUGAUAUUUUUCGUCCUAGCGGUCACCUGCAAAUCAAGAGGUGACAUUCCUGACCAUGAAGGGACCUCCCCGAUCACGUGAUGAUCUCCGCGGUUACAAGGCUGAUUGGUCUUCUAACGGGAGAUUUGAGAUUGCCAAUAUAGUUACACCGGCUUGACCGCUAUGAGAUUACACGAGUUCUUGAGGAUAUUAAACUGAACAUUUAAACAUCUGGUCUGAUGAUCGUUCGAUCAUAGCUCAGAACUUGCCACGGACUUGGAUGUGUACUCAUGGACAUAUGGUUGAUGUUUACAAUUAUUUUCUUGUUUACCGUGGAUAUGAAAGCAUUGACCGACAGUAUUGUUGCCUUAAGAACAAUUGUGUCCUACGAGUGUGGAUACAACAUGGCUUAGCAUAUGGUGUAUCGUGGCAAUUGUGGAGUUGUAUCACAUUUACUAUCAACGGAUUUCCAUAUGGGGAUUCCACCUCAGAAGAUGUCCCUUGUACCCAGUGCCUGUCUCUCCGUAGGGAUGCUGAGACAGACGAUGUCCCUUGUACCCAGUGCCUGUCUCUCCGUAGGGAUGCUGAGACAGACGAUGUCCCUUGUACCCAGUGCCUGUCUCUCCGUAGGGAUGCUGAGACAGAAGAUGUCCCUUGUACCCAGUGCCUGUCUCUCCGUAGGGAUGCUGAGACAGACGAUGUCCCUUGUACCCAGUGCCUGUCUCUCCGUAGGGAUGCUGAGACAGAAGAUGUCCCUUGUACCCAGUGCCUGUCUCUCCGUAGGGAUGCUGAGACAGACGAUGUCCCUUGUACCCAGUGCCUGUCUCUCCGUAGGGAUGCUGAGACAGAAGAUGUCCCUUGUACCCAGUGCCUGUCUCUCCGUAGGGAUGCUGAGACAGACGAUGUCCCUUGUACCCAGUGCCUGUCUCUCCGUAGGGAUGCUGAGACAGAAGAUGGCCUUAGGACCCAGUGCCUGUCUCUACGUAGGGAUGCUGAGACAGAAGAUGUCCCUUGUACCCAGUGCCUGUCUCUCCGUAGGGAUGCUGAGACAGACGAUGCCCCUUGUACCCAGUGCCUGUCUCUCCGUAGGGAUGCUGAGACAGAGGAUGUCCCUUGUACCCAGUGCCUGUCUCUCCGUAGGGAUGCUGAGACAGAAGAUGUCCCUUGUACCCAGUGCCUGUCUCUCCGUAGGGAUGCUGAGACAGACGAUGUCCCUUGUACCCAGUGCCUGUCUCUCCGUAGGGAUGCUGAGACAGAAGAUGGCCUUAGGACCCAGUGCCUGUCUCUACGUAGGGAUGCUGAGACAGAAGAUGUCCCUUGUACCCAGUGCCUGUCUCUCCGUAGGGAUGCUGAGACAGACGAUGCCCCUUGUACCCAGUGCCUGUCUCUCCGUAGGGAUGCUGAGACAGAGGAUGUCCCUUGUACCCAGUGCCUGUCUCUCCGUAGGGAUGCUGAGACAGAAGAUGUCCCUUGUACCCAGUGCCUGUCUCUCCGUAGGGAUGCUGAGACAGAGGAUGUCCCUUGUACCCAGUGCCUGUCUCUCCGUAGGGAUGCUGAGACAGACGAUGUCCCUUGUACCCAGUGCCUGUCUCUCCGUAGGGAUGCUGAGACAUGAGAUGGUCUAAGUACCCAGUGCCUGUCUCCCGUAGGGAAGCCAGGGAUGAGUAUGUCACCAACACCCUAUCACAUGAGGAUUUGGAGGUCACUCUGACCUGGCCCUCAUACCCCGAUGUCCUGGGUCGUACCUCCAAACACAUGUUUGCAUGGCCUGGACUAGAUGAUUCUCAGAUCGCAGAAUUUAUUUGGGGCAUUACUGACUUCGUCGUAAAAUAACGUUCACUUAUUCACGUGAAACUUUCACUUUAAAAAAACUGCCGGGCAAAAGAAAGUAUACACUUGAAAACUGGAUUUGCCCCAAAACUUACAAAAGUAAUCAAAGGCUGAAAACAAUCGCCGAAACACUGCAAACUUAAGGCCAAAGAGACAAAUCAAAUACAUCAUUAUCGAAUAAACUUUCCUUGUUUGAUUCAUUUGUAAUCACCAUCAAACAUGGGUGUAUAUUAUCGUUUUGCACGGCAGUUUAGUUCUGAAUGACGACCACAAGGUUGGAGCUGAAUAAAAUCAAAUCACUCUGAGUAUCUGAUCACCGAAAUCAAUGUAUGACAGAUAUUACUAUUUAUUCUAAUGGUUGUGUUUACAUAGCCAUAUAUACAGACGAUUUAUACUAAUAGUUGUGUAUGUAUUUAACAUGGCCAUAUAUUACACAACUAUUAGAAUGAAUAGUCUAUAUAUCUAUAUGCCUUCAACUCAUAGAAACUGGUUUGUGGGUUAUAUGUAGUUAUGUAGUUCAUUACACAAUGACGUAUGAAUUUUAUGUACGUUUUAAAUGAUGUUACCAUGGUUUUCUUUUUUAUGUGUUUUAUGAUAUAUUUUUUAUCAAUAUUUAAUAUGCUUCACGCAUCUCACAGAUGCAUUGUGUCACGUGUGAUUUUAACAUUUGAAGAAAUACCGAGGGAAUAAAAGCAUGAGCAAAACCCGUAAA